AUGGAGCAGAGACGCUCUCCACAGCCCCACGCACACGGGGGCAAGGAACAAUUCAAUUGCUCUGUGUGUGGGAAGGCAUUUUCAUGGUCAUCAAGUCUUAAGAGACACCAGAGAACACACACGGAUGAGCAGCCAUUCCUGUGCUCUGUGUGUGGGAAAACAUUUGCACACUCAUCACAUCUUCAGAGUCAUCAGAGAACACACACGGGCGAGAAGCCAUUCCUGUGCCCUGUGUGUGGGAAGACAUUUGCACAGGCAUCACAUCUUCAGAGUCAUCAGAGAACACACACGGGCGAGAAGCCAUUCCUGUGCCCUGUGUGCGGGAAGACAUUUGCACAAUCGACAACUCUUCAAACUCAUCAGAGAACGCACACGGGCGAGAAGCCAUUCCUGUGCCCUGUGUGUGGGAAGGCAUUUGCACGGUCAUCAACUCUUCAAACUCAUCAGAGAAUGCACACGGGCGAGAAGCCAUUCCUGUGCCCUGUGUGUGGGAUGACAUUUGCAAAGUCAUCAAAUCUUCAUAGUCAUCAGAGAACACACACGGGCGAGAAGCCAUUCCUGUGCCCUGUGUGUGGGAAGACAUUUGCAAAGUCAUCAAAUCUUCAUAGUCAUCAGAGAACACACACGGGCGAGAAGCCAUUCCUGUGCCCUGUGUGUGGGAAGGCAUUUGCAGACUCAUCAACUCUUCAUAGUCAUCAGAGAACACACACGGGCGAGAAGCCAUUCCUGUGCCCUGUGUGUGGGAAGGCAUUUGCAGACUCAUCAACUCUUAAUAGUCAUCAGAGAACACACACGGGCGAGAAGCCAUUCCUGUGCCCUGUGUGUGGGAAGACAUUUGCAAAGUCAUCAAAUCUUCAUAGUCAUCAGAGAACACACACGGGCGAGAAGCCAUUCCUGUGCCCUGUGUGUGGGAAGGCAUUUGCAGACUCAUCAACUCUUCAUAGUCAUCAGAGAACACACACGGGCGAGAAGCCAUUCCUGUGCUCUGUGUGUGGGAAGAAAUUUGCACACUCAUCAACCAGGAACGGGCAUCAAAAGCCCCACGCACACGGAGGCAAGAAGCCAUUCAAUUGCUCUGUGUGUGGGAAGGAAUUUUCACGGCAAUCAAAUCUUAAGAGACACCAGAGAACACACACGGGCGAGAAGCCCUUCCUGUGCCAUGUGUGUGGGAAGACUUUUGCAAAGUCAUCACAUCUUCAAGACCAUCAGAAAACACACACGGGCGAGAAGCCAUUCUUGUGUCCUGUGUGUGGGAAGAAAUUUGCACAGUCAUCACAUCUUCAGAGUCAUCAGAGAACACACACUGGCGAGAAGCCAUUCCUGUGCCCUGUGUGUGGGAAGACAUUUUCACGGCCAUCACGUCUUAAAAUACACAAGAGGACACACACUGGCGAGAAGCCGUUCCUGUGCUCUGUGUGUGGGAAGACAUUUGCUCAGUCAUCACAUCUUCAUAUUCAUCAAAGAAAACACACGGGCGAAAAGCCAUUCCUGUGCCCUGUGUGUGGGAAGAAAUUUGCAAACUCAUCACAUCUUCAGAGUCAUCAGAGAACACACACGGGCCAGAAGCCAUUCCUGUGCCCUGUGUGUGGGAAGAAAUUUGCAAACUCAUCAAAUCUUCAGAGUCAUCAGAGAACACACACGGGCGAGAAGCCAUUCCUGUGCCCUGUGUGUGGGAAGACAUUUGCACAGUCAUCACAUCUUCAGAGUCAUCAGAGAACACACACGGGCGAGAAGCCAUUCCUGUGCCCUGUGUGUGGGAAGAAAUUUGCAAACUCAUCACAUCUUCAGAAUCAUCAGAGAACACACACGGGCGAGAAGCCAUUCCUGUGCCCUGUGUGUGGUAAGAAAUUUGCAAGGUCAUCACAUCUUCAGAGUCAUCAGAAAACACACACGGGCGACAAG